UUCAAAGACAUGAUGUUUGAAUAGUUGCAAAUACCACCAGUAUUGAAAGUUUAGUAUUAUUUUGGGUGGGACAACGGGACGGGCCCGCUGGGUCGAAUCGUACGGAACUAGUACAGACGAGGUAUGCAGAGAAGACGACGACUCUUGGUCUUUGGCUUCCGUGCCCGCGAACCUGUCCUCGUCUCUCUGCCGGUGUCUCACGACUGUCUUUCCUGUCUUCUGAAUUUCCUCUCCCUACCUUCCAGAAGAGCGCCUCCAGUUUCGUCGCCAAUACCACCUAUUCCCUCGCUUAUCACCAGUCUUUUCCAACCGAUCCGACAGCUGUCUGGCGCUCUUACUGUCCCUUCGCUGCUCCUGACCCAGAUGAUCCCGGGACUCCCCUGAUCCCUGGUGUUUCCUUGAAUCGGUCGUUUCACCAAUGUCGAAUAACACGCCCGCUUUAUAGUUAAAAAGCUUUGUUUGAACUGUCGCUACGGGCAAUCUUUGACCAUCUCUGCGGGACACUGGUGGUACAUCGUAAACCAUAAUAGUCUCCGUGUCGGUACCUUCGAAUACACCUCGGCAAAUGACACUUGAACCUUGAUCGAUUUCGAAACCAUCGAACCUUUUGUUUAUUCUACUCGGACUCGACCGAUCGCUUGAGCAGGAACUAGGGACUAUCCUCGCGACGGGGAGACGACAGAUUGAAAUAACUUGCGACUGCCAUUGAAACGCUGCAGGGGUGAUCGGAGGCAUACAACGAGGGCAGCAGUCAUGAAUCAUCACUACUCACUCCCCUUGCUAGCUCUGCUUGCAUGGGCGGCGCUCUGGAUGAAGGUGGACAGCUCGAUCACAUACUGCUCCACAGUCAGCACCGGGUCUUCUAGCUCCUCGAACUUUUCCAUAUACCAAUCGGAAGGAAAUUGCCAAGAGCAUUGCAGUGGAAGCGCAUUCGGUAUUCUGCUGGAUAAGAACUGCUGGUGCUCAGAUAUCGCUCCCAACGACGCAACAAAUGUCGACACAUCCGAGUGUGAUGAUGAAUGCCCUGGAUAUCCGGCAGAUACCUGCGGCAAUGCGGCGGAUGAGUUAUACGGCUAUAUUCAGCUCGGUAACCCGUCGGGAACUGCAACUGCGCCGUCAAGCUCAACUACACGUAGCUCGACAUCGUCUACAACGUCCGACUCGAGCACUACGACUACAAGCCACUCGACCUCAAUCGAGACACACGAUGGCCAAGUCACGACGAUAACUAUUGGAGGCUCAGAUUCAACAGCCGCUGCAGAUUCAGCCAAUGGGUCAGAUAACGAUGACGGUGGCUCGGGCAUCAGUGGGGGUACUAUCGCGGGAAUAGUAGUCGGUGUUGUGGGUGGCAUCGCCUUGAUAGUGGCUGCCAUCAUAUUUUUCCUCGCAAAGCGCCGCCAGCGCUCUGAUAGUCCAGACGGCAGUCAAAGCGGGACGAUAGACGGCCGGCAGAGCAAAGGCUCCCAGAUGAGCUAUGCAGGCGCAAAGGGGAUGUUUGGCGACAAUCACAGCCACACCUUGUCAAACGGGUCAUCACAUACGCCUCAGCGCAUGCCCACUUUUACAGAUAAUCGCCUGAACACCGGCGCGGUGCUAUAUCCAAAUGGCCGCCGACCCAGCGACGUGUCUCUUCAAGAUAACGCAGAUUAUUCCCGGCCGGUCCUACGGCUUACCAACCCCGACUAAACGUCGACAAGCAUCAAUUCUUACGAGCUUAUUUUGAAUUUACGUCCCGAUAUUCCUUAUUCCUACUGGAUUUCUGUUUUCACGGCGAAACAGCGGUGUUAUGAUACCCAUUUGUCACAUGAACCUGUUUCUUAUAAUCUAUGAGGGGAAGCAACGGGCUUCUCCCCUCGGCGUGUCUGACUAUUGUAUUAUCAGCAUACUGGAGCAAUUCCUCAUCACAAUCGGCAGCUGGAGCAUUGAAAUAGCUUUAUGAAGCGCCCAUCAACCGGUCGGUCCACCAGGACACCACGGUUUCUCAAGCCGCGAGCCCACAACAGGCGGCGUCCUCGACUCACUCGAAUAAUCUAUUGAAAUUGUACAUAGAGAGCACCACAUGAGAAUGUUACCUGUUAACUCCUAAAUCUAAGACAUAAUCUCCCCUGAUAUAGUUCGCGGCAAGCAGCAAUACUUAUCAACCUUGGCUUGGCCUGAUAAGCCCUCCCUACCAUCUGGCAUCCAGGAUACCCUUGCUAACAUCCAUAGGGCUCACCCAGGUCAAACCCAAUUUAU